GCAAUGCCAUUGUUUUCAAAUAAAUUCUCCCCCAAAAAGACCCCUACAAGAAAAGUAGGAGUUUUCUUAGCGAACAAAGAUUUCAGUCCGAAACGUAUAGAAAAAGAACUGGGACCUAAUGUUGGUCCUAUACAUUUAAAAUUAGGAGACCAAGAAACUGUCUUUGAAUCUGGUUCGUGGAUCCCAGAAUCUGGUAAAAUCGGAAGCACGUACAAAGAAAAUGAGAAAUUAAAAAAGGAAGUAAAAAGAUUGGAAGAUGAAAACAACUUAUUAAAGCUAAAAUUUGAAGUACUUCUUGAUAUGUUGACACAAACAACAGCAGAAUAUUAUUCACAGAAGGAAGAACUAGAUAGACUAAAACAGAAAUUACCAUACAAGAACAGAGAUUCUUGAUAUAAAGAGCACAUUAUCAUAAUUCAUCCUUUCUUUUACAUAUCGAAUUAAACAAAUGUGUUCAUAUAGCUAUAUGAUGUAUCUUGUAUGAUGUAUUCAAAAUCUUGUACUUAAUUUAUUAUUAAUUUAUACAUUUGUACAUAUAUAGUAUAUAUUCAUAUAUAUUCAACUAUAAUCUUGUACUUAAUCACUCUAUUCUUAAUUUAUAUAUAUACAUGUAUAUUUAUGUUAUUAUAUUCUAAAGCACAUUGUAUAUUUUAGAAAGUGAUCGUAUGGAAUACAAAAAGACAAUUACAUUUCUGUCA